CAUAAGUGUCAUUUGUAUCAGAAACACACUUGAAUGUGCAUAAUACUUUUGUUGAGCAAAAGAAGUUCAGACUUUCUACCGUUACAUUUAGGUAAGUUCCUUUUGGAAAUGUAUUAUUAUGGAAAUUGUAGGCCUUUCUGUCAUGUAAAUAGGCCAAGACACAUAAUGGUGAUACCUGUUGGACAGACGGUUAAUUUUAAUGACCCCAAAGAAUGUGGACAGACAGAUGAAUUUAAUUGAUCACUAUUAAUGAUACUGAAUUAUGUGUCAAUAGACAUAUAUGUUCUAGUGUGAAAAUGGUAAAGACAUGGCACUGCCCGUCUUCAAUCAAAAUUUCACAUUCAACUGUAGGAGGACCAGAGAGUUGACCGACCAACUGUGGGGGUUCCCCACACACACCGUUGAUCUGAGACCAGAUACAUGGUCAAGGAAAUAAUGGAAACAGCUAGCCCUGGUGCUAACAAUGCUGCUAGGCAGGCAUCAAAGCCUAAGAAUUCGAAGCCCAAGGUCUCUCAGCGACACCUGGAUGAGACUGUGCCCAGACAUUUUCCAGUGACAGUGUACACACAAGUGGGUGGAAGGAAGAUGGAGCUGGAAAAGAACAGGUUGAAGCAGGAGGAAAGACAGCAUGAUGCAGAAAGAGAGAGAGAGCUGGAGAGGAAGAGAGAGAGGAAGAGACUUCAGCAGGCAAGGCAAGAGCAGCAGGUGGAUGAGGAGAGAAGAACACAGAGGCAGGUGAACGUCAGGGCCAAACAGAAGGCAGAGAAACAGAGAGAGGUGGCCAUACAGGAGCAGGAGUUGUCCCAUGACAUCAACCAACUGAAGGAAUUCAUCCGAAAGGUGUCAGAAACAGACAAGGAACUGCAUGAGAUGGCUCGCAAAGAAUUGGAUAGACUGCGGAAACUGGAACAGGAAUACCAAAGGAGAAGGAGAGCCCUUGAGAAAAAGCAACAAAUGGCAGCAUUACAAAUGGCAGAGAGGCAACAGAGAGAGAGGAGGAGUGAGGAAGAGCGAAAGCGAGCUCUAUCAAGAGACAUUGAGAGACUGGUCGGCUCUGAUCGGACAGGGCUGUGGGGCAUUGGUCAGUCUUGUGGAUGUGGAGGUGAUGGAGAGAAGAGGGACAUGGAGAGGUUAAGAGAGAUUGAGCGAGCUCAGGAGCAAAAGUUACUGAUGCAAAGACUGAAACAGGCUGAGCAAAGACUUCUUGCAUUAGAGAGAGGAAGGGAGGCACGUGCAACUGAGCUUAGGUCAAGAAAUCAAGAUACCAAUAAACCAGACAUGGAGAUGAACCAGCUCAUAAACCCGGAGAGAGAAAAGGAGAAGCUACAAUGUAAAAUGACACUCAAACAAAUGGAGAGAGAGAAGACACAGAAACAGAGGGAGCAACGGAAGGCAUCAGAAAGGUGCAUGGAGUUGGACAGAGACAAAGAGAUACAAAGAGAAACAGAACAGUUACAAAAACUGGAUCAGGAAACAGGACGACAGGUACAAAUAUUAAGAUUGAGAGAGCUGGAGAGAGAAAGAGAGAAGCUGCAAAAGAUGGAAAGACUGAAAAAAAUGGAGAGAGAAAAGGAAAGGCAGGUACAGAUAGACUACCUGAAAGCCCCAGGAAGAGACAAAGAGAUGAAGUUGGAGACGAGGGGGAAAACAAUUCAUACAGGAACAGAGAGACAGACAGAACUAGAAAGUCAAAAGGCAAGACAACAAGUUGAUAAACUAGAAGGGUUAAAGAGGCAGGAAGACCUGCAGAAACAACGGGAAAAGAAACAGAAAACAAUGGAAAGAGAAAAGGCAAGACAACAAGACCAUGAGAAAUUGGAAGGAGUCAAAAGACAGGACGAACUGAAAAAACAAUGGGAAGAGAAACAGAAAGCAAUGGAAAAAGAAAUGGAGGAAAAGCGCAUAGAAAUGGAAAGGCAACUUCUUCAAAAACAGAAAGAAAUGGAACAAGGUUUGAAUGAGAGACAGCAAAGGAUUGAGGAAGAGAGACAGCAGAGAGAGAAAGAGAUGAAGAGAGAGAAAAAGGGAGAAAUGGAACUGAGGGAGAAACAAGUUCAAGAGUUGAACAAAAGGGCCAUGGCAAAUGAAAAUCAGAACAAAGAUUUUGAUAGAAAAGCUAAAGACCAAGGGAGAGCAGAACAUCAAAGAAUGAUGCAAAUGGAGGUGGAGAAGCAAAGAGAGAGAGAAAGACUUUUGGAGGAUCAACAAAAGGAGGUAGACGAGAAAAAACAUAAGCUGCAAUUACAAGAAGCUUCAGCAGCUGCAGAAAAGGAGAAGCUCAAAGAAAUGGAGAAAACAAUGACAUUGAAAAAUAAAGAUGUGCUGAAACAGAUGGAGGAAAGCUGGGGACAAAAAGUCCAACAGAAGGAGGAGGAAUGGGAAGCAAAAUACAGAGAGAUAGAACAACAGAGAGAACAGGCAGAAAAGGAUACCAUCAAAGAGAAAGAGAGAUUAGAAGAGCUGAGGAGGGAAGAACAGCAAAGACAGCUCCAAAUUGAAAAAGAAAAAGAGAUCGAAAAAUGUAUGGAUAUCCAAAGAAAGGAGGAGGCGAGACAGAGAGAUACGGAGAAGAGAGAGUUGGACAAAAAGAGACAAGAAAAAGAGGAGAGUCUGAGGCAAAGCCAGAGUGAAGUGAACGAGAACCAAAAGGAAUUGGAGUUACAGAAAGUUGUUGAAGCACAGAUAGAGAAGAGGGUCAAGGACAUUGAAAAACAGAUACAGGAUAAAAACAAUGCUGACUUAAAGCAAACAGAGGAGACAAGGGCAAAAGUAGCCCUGCAAAAGGAGGAUGAGUGGGAAAAUAAAUGCAGAGAGAUUGAGAAACAAAGAGAGGAGGCAGAAGAAGAGGCAAAGACGAAGGAAGAACGAGUGAAACAGCUUCAGCAGGAGAAAAAGCAAAGUCAGAUUCAAAUAGAAGAGGACAGACAAAAAAAGACAGAAAGACUCCUCGAGAUGCAAAAAAUGGAGAUGGAACAGAGCCUGAGAGAGAUGGAACAGAAAACACUGGAAAUGGAGAAAAUAGAAGAAAAAAGACGUCAGUAUAUUGAGGAGAGAGAAAGUGAGAUGGAGAAGGAAAAGUUGGAGAUGGAGAGAAAAGCAGCGAAAAGACUUCGGUAUAUUGAGGAAAAGGAGAGAGAGAUGGAACAGAAAAGAAUGGACCAUGAAGAUGAGAAAGGACAAAGAGACAUAGAGCAAAAACAAGAACUACAAAAGGAAUUACAAAGGGAAAAAGAUGUAGAGAAACUGAAGGAAAUUCAGAAAAGCUUGAAAGAACAAAGCGAGUCUGAGGUGGAGAAGCAAAGAGAGAGAGAAAGACUUUUGGAGGAUCAACAAAAGGAGGUAGACGAGAAAAAACAUAAGCUGCAAUUACAAGAAGCUUCAGCAGCUGCAGAAAAGGAGACGCUCAAAGAAAUGGAGAAAACAAUGAUAUUGAAAAAUAAAGAUGUGCUAAAACAGAUGGAGGAAAGCUGGAGACAAAAAGCCCAACAGAAGGAGGAGGAAUGGGAAGCAAAAUACAGAGAGAUAGAAAAACAGAGAGAACAGGCAGAAAAGGAUGCCAUCAAAGAGAAAGAGAGAUUAGAAGAGCUAAGGAGGGAAGAUCAGCAAAAACAGCUUCAAAUUGAAAAAGGAAAAGAAAAAGAGAUAGAAAGACUGAUGGAUAUCCAAAGAAUGGAGAAGGAGGCGAGACAGAGAGAUAUGGAGAAGAGAGAGUUGGACAAAAAGAGACAAGAAAAAGAGGAGAGUCUGAGGCAAAGCCAGAGUGAAGUGAACGAGAACCAAAAGGAAUUGGAGUUACAGAAAGUUGUAGAAGCACAGAUAGAGAAGAGGGUCAAGGACAUUGAAAAACAGAUACAGGAUAAAAACAAUGCUGACUUAAAGCAAACAGAGGAGACAAGGGCAAAAGUAGCCCUACAAAAGGAGGAUGAGUGGAAAAAUAAAUGCAGAGAGAUUGAGAAACAAAGAGAGGAGGCAGAAGAAGAGGCAAAGACGAAGGAAGAACGAGUGAAACAGCUUCAGCAGGAGAAAAAGCAAAGUCAGAUUCAAAUAGAAGAGGACAGACAAAAAGAGACAGAAAGACUCCGAGAGAUGCAAAAAAUGGAGAUGGAACAGAGCCUGAGAGAGAUGGAACAGAAAACACUAGAAAUUGAGAAAAUAGAAGAAAAAAGCCGUCAGUAUAUUGAGGAGAGAGAAAGAGAGAUGGAAAAGGAAAAGUUGGAGAUGGAGAGAAAAGCAGCGAAAAGACUUCGGUAUAUUGAGGAGCAAGAGAGAGAGAUGGAACAGAAAAGAAUGGAUGAUGACAAUGAAGAUGAGAGAAGACGAAGAGAGAUGGAACAAAAACAAGAACUUCAAAAAGAGUUACAAAGGGGAGAAGAUGCAGAGAAACUGAAGGAAACUGAGAAAAGUGUGAAAGAACAAAGUGAGUCUGAGCUUAAAGUACAGAAUGAGAGAGAACAAAGAGAUUCAGAAAGACUACUAGAGAUCCAGAGGAGCGAAAUCGAAAAUAGGCAAGUAGAGAUGGACAACAGAAAAUUGGAAAUGAAAAAGGAAGAAGUGGACGCUGGACAAAUGGAAGCAGAGGCAGAAAAGAAGGAAAUAAACAGACAAAUGGAAAUGAGACUAAAAGAGACAGACAGAGAUAUGAAAAGAAAAGACACUGAAGCAAGAAAAAAUAAACUAGACAUUAUCCUAGAACAACAGAGGGAGAUAAAGAGUGAGCGUAUGAGAAAGGCAGAAGAGAGACAAAGAAAGAGAGAGGAGCAACAAAAGCAGGAUGAGGAAGCAAGAUACUGGUAUGAACACCCAGAGGAAUGGCGUAAGCACCAAGAAAAACUGGCCAUCCAGAAAGAAGAGGCAUGGCAACAAGAGCUGGAGAAAAAGUGGGAAAAGGAGGCAAAGAGACGUGAAGAAAUCAACAAAGACGAAAAGGCACAUGAGGAAAAAAUGAAAGCCCAGGCAGAGGGAACUCUGUUGGAGACAGAGGUUGAGGUAGAGCACCAAGAAACUAGGGCACAGACACUCAACCCUGAACUGCCCCGCAAAUCAAAAUGGCAAAUACUCGUGGAGAAAGAGCGGGAGAAACAGAGGGAGGCCAGGAUGAAUGCAGGAGAGAGAGCGAGAGAGGCACAAGAGGCAUGGAAAGAGGAGCUUAAAAGGAGAGAGGAGAAGGAAAAGAAAGACGAAGAGGAGAAAUACUGGUCUAGGCACCCAGAGGAAUGGCGCAAGUACCAAGAAAAGUUGGCCAUCCAGAAAGAGCAGGAACGACAACUAGAGCUGGAGAAAAAGUUUGAAGAAGAGGCCAGGAGGCUUGAAGAAUUAAACAGAAGAGAUAAUGAAAAUGAGGAGAAAAUGAGGCCUGAGCUUCAGAGAGCAAAAGAGAAACGGAAGGAGGCUGAAAUGCAGCGCCGACUAGAAUUAGAAAAACAGGAGGAAUUGGACAGACAAAGGGAGCUAGAAAUGGAAAGAGAGAGAGAACAGGAAAUUCAGAGACAGAGAGAAGAGGAAAUGGAAAGAGAGAGAGAACAGGAAAUUCAGAGACAGAGGGAAGAGGAAAUGGAAAGAGAGAGAGAACAGGAAAUUCAGAGACAGGGGGAAGAGGAAAUGGAGAGAAAGAGACAUGAGGAAGAAAUGCAGAGACAAAAACAAGAACUGGAGAGUAAGACCAAGGAAGAGCAACAGGAGGACAAGGGAACAUUUUGCCAACAAACUGAUGAUGAGCAUAGUGAUGAGAGAGGUGAUGAGAGCAGUGAGGAGAGCCAAUCACAGGAUGAGACAGAUGUUCCGGUCCCAGAUAAGAGUAUAAGAAGGAGGGUCCUGGGAUGGGUCAAUAAAAAGGUGAAAGAGAGGAAUGAGAGAAAAAUUGAGAGGACCAUCAAGAGAGAAGAGGAGGAAGGUGAAGAACCUUAUUUUCAACCUUUCGCAGGAUUCACGAGCCGGGCCAAAAGAGAGCAGGAGAAGCGCAAGAGCCUACUGGACACAGAGGCAAAAAGGCAAAAUAUGGAGUCAUACUGGCUUGAGUGGGAAAAAGACAAGAAAGAGAAAAAGAUGAAGAGGAAAGAGGACAGGAAAUAUGCCAAAAGCCAAGCCCAGUUGGCCCGCGUUCUCAAACUAAAUGAUAAAGCUGACAAGAUCCUUGAUGCAUAUAAUGGCACAACAAUAUACUCCAGCCAGAACAAACUGUUGAAGAAAGAGAUGAUUGGCUGGUUUAAGGACAAAAAAUCAAGCAUUCGUUAGUUCUGGUAGACCGUGCAGUCAAGCUCACUGUCAGCUGCUGUCAGUUUCUUAUUGGCUAUUCCAAACCCAGCCCACAUCAGCUAGGGGGAAUAGAGUAGCCCCCUGAGGAUGCAGACAGCAUCUAGGAAUAGAGUAGCCUCCUGAGGAUGCUGCUGUUCAGGGAACAGCCAUACCGCCAAAUAUGAAAUAAAGUUGGUUCGAAAGAUAUUUCUGUCUUGUGUAUUUUUGACUUAAGUGGUCCUGACAGAACUCACACCAAUUUGAUACUCUUUUGACAUGUAGAUCAACUUUAAAACCAUCUAAAUCCAAGGGGCACUUCGCACGGAAACGAAAACAGGUUAAAAAACGCAAAACAUUUUUGCGGAUGCCCUAUAUCGUUUACAUGUGUUGUGGUGUUGAUUCAGAAAAAGACAUUAACACACACGAAGUAUUAGAACAGAAAGCGAUAUUUACCUUGUUCCCGUUCAUCCAGCCAUUCUGUGAGUCUGGCGAUACAACUUUUAGCUUCAGCCUAGCAUAGAUCAUUGAAUCGGAUUAGACCAUUAGCUUCUCGCCUGCUAGCUUCAUGUUUAAAAGUGACUAAGAUUUCUGGAAAUUUUCCCAUUUAA